UUAUUUCUAACAAAAUUUGUAAUAGUAAAAUCAGGUUGACUAAAGAGAAAGAGAUUUAUAAAUUUAAUCUUAAAAAGAAGCAUAUCAGUUUGCAGAAUUAUAGGGAAUGAAAAAGAAAAGAUGAAGAAUUGAAAUAGUAAGAAGAGGCUAAAUAUUUAGAAUUAUAGUAAAAAGAAGUAAUAUAUUCUAAUUUAUAUUUAAAGGAGUAAAGAUUAAUUAGAAGAGCACAAUUAUUAUCAAAUAUGCCAGAAGAACCAGAAUAAUAUUCAGGUAUUUAAAUUCUAUUCAGGUUUACAAAUGCAACAAGAACCAGAAGAUUUAAUUUUAAUGAUGAAAUUUAAGUAAUAAAUUUCUAUAUAUAAAAAGAUUUUAUUUGAUUUUGUAGAAAGUCAAGAAGAUGAUUGUUUUCAUGAUCCAUAUGCCUAAUUUGAUUUAAUUAAAAAUUUUCCUAGAUUAUCCUUAAAGAAUAAGACUGAAUGGAUGAUAAGUGAAGUUUUUAUAGAUUCUGAAAAGGAAUAAUUAAUUGUAGAUGAACAAUAGUGAUAAUUAAAUUAACUUUUAAUAUUUAUA